CCUGUGACGCGGCCGCCGCCCCCGGGCUGCUACUUCUCGGCGCGGCCAUUCCCCCCCCUCCCCCGGCCGGGCCCCGCCGUCCCGCGUUCCCCGGAGCGCACGUCUCCGGGGGGAGGGAGCAGGGCUGGUGGGCGCCCGCGGCGCACAGCGGGACCCACGGGGCCCCGCGACCCGCCGAGCCUGGAGCCGGGCCGGGGCGGGGCAGCCGGCUCCAGCCCGGAGCAAACUUCGCCGCCGGGCGGGGCGUGGCGGGGACCCGGGCCCGAGCCGGAGGAGGGGGCGGCCGCGGCCCCCGCCUCUGCGCGCGAGUCGCCGGGCACCAUGCUGUCGGGCUCUCCCGGCCAGACCCCGCCGGCGCCGUUCCCCAGCCCGCCGCCGCCCGCCCCGGCCCAGCCGCCGCCGCCGUUCCCCCAGUUCCACGUCAAGUCGGGCCUGCAGAUCCGAAAGAACGCCAUCACCGAUGACUACAAGGUCACCAGCCAGGUGCUGGGCCUGGGCAUCAAUGGGAAGGUGUUGCGGAUCUUCGACAAGAGAACCCAGCAGAAAUUCGCCCUGAAGAUGCUCCAGGACUGCCCGAAGGCCCGCAGAGAGGUGGAGCUGCACUGGAGGGCCUCCCAGUGCCCCCAUAUUGUGCACAUCGUGGAUGUCUAUGAGAACCUGUAUGCCGGCAGGAAGUGCCUGCUGAUCGUCAUGGAGUGUCUCGAUGGUGGAGAGCUCUUUAGUCGAAUCCAGGACCGAGGAGACCAGGCAUUCACAGAAAGAGAAGCAUCAGAGAUCAUGAAGAGCAUCGGCGAGGCCAUCCAGUAUCUGCACUCGAUCAACAUUGCUCAUCGGGAUGUUAAGCCCGAGAACCUCUUAUAUACUUCCAAAAGGCCCAAUGCCAUUCUGAAACUCACUGAUUUUGGCUUUGCCAAGGAAACCACCAGUCACAACUCUCUGACCACUCCGUGUUACACACCAUACUAUGUAGCUCCAGAAGUUCUGGGCCCAGAGAAGUAUGACAAGUCCUGUGACAUGUGGUCCUUGGGUGUCAUCAUGUAUAUUCUGCUGUGUGGGUAUCCUCCCUUCUAUUCCAAUCAUGGCCUUGCCAUCUCUCCGGGUAUGAAGACUCGUAUCCGAAUGGGCCAGUAUGAAUUUCCUAACCCCGAAUGGUCAGAAGUGUCAGAAGAAGUGAAGAUGCUUAUCCGGAAUCUGCUGAAAACAGAGCCCACCCAGAGAAUGACCAUCACAGAAUUCAUGAACCACCCCUGGAUCAUGCAAUCUACGAAGGUCCCUCAGACUCCACUGCACACCAGCCGUGUCCUAAAGGAGGACAAGGAACGGUGGGAGGACGUCAAGGAGGAGAUGACCAGUGCCUUGGCCACGAUGCGUGUUGACUAUGAGCAGAUCAAGAUAAAGAAGAUAGAGGACGCUUCCAACCCUCUGCUUCUGAAGAGGCGGAAGAAAGCUCGCGCUGUGGAGGCUGCGGCCCUUGCCCACUGAGCCGCUACGUUUCCCACCCCACUGGAGGACAAGCAAUAACUCUAUAUGAAUAUAUUUUUUAAACAAAGAGA